AUGGAGCGCAUUGCGGCGAGAGGAGGGCGCGGAUUGGAGGGGCGGCGAAAAGGAGUGUGGGCAGCACGUGUGACUGUAAGAGACGUGACCACGGGCGCGCGGCAGAAGCGCGCGGAGAAGCGCGGAUGGCGGGCGGGCGCGGUGGGCGAGGGGCGUCCUAAGGUAACGAUGGGGGGCAACGCGGAGGCGAACGAGCCGGCCGGGGGACAGCGGGCGACGGUAUCGAUCGCGGUGCCGGGGUCCAUCAUCGACAACACGCAGUCGCUCGAACGCGCCACCGCCGUAGCGGGGCAGAUCGCGCGCGCCGCCGUCAUUUUCAAGGUGCACGAGAUUGUCGUGUACGACGACUGGGACGCGGAGGGCGACUCGAGCGCGCCGCGCGGGUGGCGCGGGGAGCGCUUCUCGGGGUCCGCGGGAUCCUUCCUUGCGCGCGUGCUACAGUACCUCGACACCCCGCAGUACCUCCGCCGCGCGCUCAUCCCGCUCACGCCCGACCUGCGCCUGGCGGGGCUGCUGCCGCCGCUGGACGCGCCGCACCACGCGCGCAUGCACGAGUGGCCGGAGUUCCGCGAGGGCGUCGUGGUGGCGGACGGGGAGGGGGAAGGGGGAGAAGCGCGCGCAGGGGGGAGCUGCGCCGUGGACGUGGGGCUGCAGCAGAGGGUGCGUGUGCGAGGAAGCUUCUCGGAAGGCACGCGGCUGACAGUGGCCAUGGGGCCUGUGGCUGAGCGAGAGAAGGUGUUUCAGCCAGGAGUGCUGCUGACGCCUGUGGCCCCGCAGGUGCCGUGGGGGGAGAGGGGGCAGUACUGGGGGUACACUGUGCGCCUUGCCAGGGGCGUCUCUGGCGCCCUCUCCGCCUGCCCCUUCUCCCCCGCGCCUGCCUCCGCGGAGGGGGGAGCAGGGGGCGCGGGGCACGGGGGAAAAGGGGCGGGGGAGGGGCGCAGCUUUGAUGCUGCUGCGGUGGGGGGGAGUGGGGGUGGGGGGGAGGGGGAAGGGGCGGAAGGAGGGGAGGGAAGGGAGGGCGGGGGAGACGGAGGGGAGGAGGGUGAGGAGGGGCGGGGGAAGAAGAGGAGGCGGCGAGGGGGGAGGAAGAGAGGGGCGAAGCGAGGGUUGUAUGGGGAGGGGGGUGGGGGUGAGGGUGGGCAGGUAGGAGGGGGAGAAGCGGGAGCAGAAGGGGGAGGAGCAGGGGGGGGAGGCGCGUACGAUCUGAUCGUAGGGACAUCGGAGCAUGGGGAUGUGAAGGAGAUCGGACACUUCAAACUGCCCCCCUUCCGGCACUUGCUGGUGGUGUUUGGCGGCGUGGCGGGGUUGGAGGAGGCGUGUGAGGGCGACGAGGGGCUGGCUGCGGACGGCAGGGACCCCAGGCAGCUGUGCCAGCUGUACCUCAACACGUGCCCCUUCCAGGGCUCGCGCACCAUCCGCACUGAGGAGGCGGUGCUGAUAUCACUGGCAUACAUCGCAGCGCUCAUGCCAUGA